UUUGAAUAUGCACGAAAGCCUUCCUUCCACCUGAGGAAGUAGACAUGCAGUGUAGAUUAUGCAUUUCUCAAGAAAGAGAAGAUCUACAAGCAAACUCACGGUGCAUGGGCAACCUUUAACCAUUUAAGCAGCAUUGAGCUUUAGUGAGGGCAAUGUACUGCACUAUGGCUCGAUGGCAACCCCUCACAACACUGAGGAGUCGAAUUAUACAUCAUCCACCUGUGGCUGUGUUUUUCAUGUGCCUGCUGGUCCUAGCUGGAGCUUUCAUUAGCAUUGGGAUAUACUCACAAAACCAUGACAUCAGGAAUCCAGACAUUAACAUGGACUGGAAUCAGAUGCUGGGCUCUCUUGCAGAUUUGAAGUUCUGCACACAGUUAAAUGAUACAGCUCUUUUAAACGAGAAGCCGGAUAUGUACUCACCUCCACUGGUAGAUCAUGCAGAUGAACUGAUCAACAAUACACAACAAAAAAGUGACAUUAUUAGCGUCUUUCUGCUAGUUCCUCUAACGCAUGUUGGAGAUUACCUAGAUCACAACAGCAUUAGUACCUCGUUACUGGGAAGCCAGUUAGGCCUGAAAGGUUCUGCUGGGAAACAGUCAUUAAAUAUAUCGCUGUUCUUGGAGAUACAGACUCGUCUAUCAGCCACUGAUUCUGCACUUAUCCAAAAGCCCUCUAACAUGCAAACAAAACCCCAGUCCUACAAUUCUUGUCUGAAGAUUACCGCUCCACGGCACAUUCUGCCUCAAACUCCGUCACCACCACAAUGCCCUUCUAAUAAAAACCUGGAGAACAACAGAUCUCCUGUGAGGACAUUUGCUAUACAAUCAAGUAAGAAGAGCUCUAAUGCGCCAUCCUGCCUCAGCUUGAAGUUCACGCCUGACCCCAAACUGACUGUCCUACUCACUCAGGAUGAAAAAGCUCUUGUUAGAUAUCACCUGCUGAUGGCUACCAUUGUGCUGCUGGCUCUCUGCAUCAUGAUGUGUCUUUGUGGAACUCUUACCUGCUCCAAAUCACGCCAUCAACUUGCAAAUGAUCCUCAAAAGGAAACUCUGCUGCGGUGAUGAGGAUGAGAACUGCAUCAAGAGCAGUGCACAAGGAUUACUGCUUGUCAAAUCACUGUAAAAGUCUAUUUAUGUUAAACAUCUGUGAACAAAAUACCAAGUGUUCUUGGAUUUGCUGUGAAGCAGGUGUACUGUACAUUAAAAUCUUCCACUGGGUAGCCUUUGUGAUCAGUUUA